GUGCCCCUUAUUUAUACCCAUUUUACGCUCUUUUAACUCUCAAUAUCCAAUUCUCCCUUUUUCAUUCCUAAUAAUUUCACUUUCUUUUUUUCCUCAAAAAUAAAAACCUCACAUCCAAAUCCCAAAUGGCAGAGAAUUUGAAGAAGAAUUCGGACAUCAAUCGGCGGCAACAGAAGCAGCUGACACGGUUGCAGAAAAAGGCCCCGGCGUCGAUCCAGAUAAAUCCUGUGACGGAUUGGAACGUGGCGAUCCCACUUUUGUCGCCGUUGGUUGAAUCACCCACGUCGAACUGUUUUCCAGCUGAGAUCAAGACCGGUUCUAACAGUAACAAUAAGGAGCCUACGGCGGAGAAGCCGGAGGUGAUGGUGAAAAAGUGGCAGCAUCCUGCAGCGCCGUUUUGUUACGAACCGGCUCCGGUGUUGCCCUUUGUUUGUACAGGAAGUUUUGGCAGAUGACAUUUUGUUAGGGUUUCUUUUGUUAGAUAUAUAAUAUUUGAGGACUAAAUUGCAAUACAGGCCAAAGGUUGGGGACCUAUGCUGCUAUUUUCCCUCUUAGAAUUUGCGUACAUAUAUAAUUUUGUUUUAUUUUUUUUAGGGGUUUUUAGGUGGUAAAUAAAACAUGUUCUUGAACAAAUUUUCAUGUAAAGGAUGAUUAGUACUUAGAUUUGUAUAUUUUGCGUAUUAUUAUUUAAUAAAGUUGUUAUGAUA